UAUAAACAAAUUGAUUUCCGACCGGCAUGCGUUAGGGAUUUCUAUCUUUAAGCCACGUUGGCAGCGCCAUUCGCAACACGCCUAUCAUCUCACUCACACUCGCACACAGAGAAAGACAGAUAGAGGCAGAAGUUCAGUUCAUCAAUUCAUUCAUCUCAUGGAAGAACCUUAUUGAUAACGUCGCCAGAGAUAGCUAGUGAUUUCAUUCGAUCCGGGUCCCGAAAGACCCACUGGUGUGCACUUGUUUUGGUUUUGAAGUUUGCACCUCCGGGAACGUGUGUGUUUCGCCCUGAACCACAAAUAUGUGAGUUCCGAAUGGGAUUUGUGUGACGCGGCCAUAUUUAAAGAGUUUUUUGUGUUGGAUGUGGGGCGAGCUGCGAAAAUUACAUAAAUACAGCGCAGCCUCCUCCUAGGAACACGAAGUAAUGGAUCGCAAGAAGGUCCUGGAGCUGGACAAGAUCUGCCGCCUGUGCAUUUCGGAGCGCAAGGAAAUGCGUCCGCUGUUCAGUGAGAAGGUGCCCGAAAUGCUAAUGGACUGUACCAGCGUGCGGGUGGAGCCCACGGAGGGCUGGCCAGACAAGAUCUGCGUGCAGUGCGUCCACGCCGUAAGCCGGAAUCACGCCUUCAAGACGCUCGUCGAGCGCAGCGACAAGGAGCUGCGCGAGUAUAUCCGCGGUCUUACCGUGGCACUGGUAAUGGAGGAGCAGCAGCAGCAGGAGGCGGCCAGCGCCAAGCAACAGCUCCAGCUGGAGCGCAAGCAACAGCGACAGUUGCAGAAGCAACAGAAAAUCCUCGAGGAGCAACUCCAGCAGCAGCUAGUCCAGCAGCAGCAUCAGCAGCCGCCUGCCAAACCAAAACUAAAGCCGCUGCUCCGCAAGGGGUCCCGCCAGCAGAAGCAGAGGCAUCUGGAGGCCGCACCAGCACCACAGUCAGCCCCGCAGCCCGCCCCCCAGCCACAGAUGCAAUUAAUGCAGGAACAUGCGCCACACCAGCCCACGAUGCAGCAACAAAUCCAGCAGAUUCAUAUGCCCACACUUCAACCUGCUCCCGCACAGCUACUGUCCGCUGCCGGCGCCACUACGACUAUGCCGCAGCAGAUUCUGUUGCCCAACGGCCAACUGAUCACGACGGCUCAGAUUGUAGCGCCGCAGCUGGCGCAGAUCAUCAGCACAGCGCCGCAGCCAACGAGUAAUGGACAGGCCACCGCCGCGCAAUCGCAAUUCUUGCCCCAGCUCAUACAGACGCCGAACGGACAGACACUGCAGAUUGUACAGCAGCCCAAUGGCACGCAGACUCUGCAGCUAGUACAACUUGUCCCGCAACGCAGUUUGGCGCCCACCGGAGUCACGACAGUGACCACCACCACGAACGCCACGGAUAUGGGUCAGCAUGUAGGCGCUUCUCUGGGAGAUGCCGACGUGCAGUUGCUGGAGGACGGCUGUGAGGUGGAGGAUGAGGAACUUGAAGACGUGUACGAGCAACUGGACGGCAAGGGAGAUCACAGCUUUGAGACCAUUGUCCUGGACGACGACCAGCAACAGGAUUUCCUAAAAGAUCACCACGAGCACCAUCAAGUGAUGAUCAACGAGGAUCUCACACAGAGUGAAAGCCAAGAGCAUGAGUACUUCGACGAUUUGGACCAACAGCAGGCGAUGGAUGAGGUGGAAGAUGAGGACGAGCAACUGAAGCCCGAAGAAGACCAGGAUACGUUCAUAAUCGAGGAGAUUCAGCUGGAGGAUGACGAGAUGCUGGAGGAUCCGGAUGGGGACGAUAUCGACCAGGAUUGUGAGUACAUCGCAGACGAACAGGAUCCGCAUCUGUCCGGUGACGUAGACGACGAUCUGCAGUACGCAAUUAUGGAGCCGCCGGAUGGCGAGACUAGUGUGGACAUUGACCAGGCUUUUUUGGAGUCUGAGCAGCCGCAUCAUCAGCAGCACCAAGAGGAGAUGCAGAGCAUAUCACUGGAGAACGCUGUCGUUGAGUUCAGCCAGGCCACAACGACAUCAGACGCCCUGGUGGCUCCCACUCUGACCGUCAGUUCGGCCAGUCCGACGCCAAAGCGAGCCAAGCGAAGUAACCAAAUUCCAGCCGGUGUGACUCUGGAACCCUGCGACCACCAGCCCCCUACCGCUGGUUCAACGAUCAGUAGCAAGCUGGCCGCAGCCAAUUCGCGCCAGCUGGUGCAGACGGCCAGCGUGAUUGCCUCCGCCGGUGCGGACGACAACUACGAAAUAGAUGCUAAUCUGGUAACUGAGUUCAUACGUCAGCACACCUCGCCUCUGGGAUCUGGGAGAUAUAUUUGUCACCUGUGCAGCACCGAGUUCCGGCAGUUCAAAGGUCUGCAGAACCACAUGCACUCCCACACCAACUGGAUACGGGCCAAUUGCAAGAAACAGCCGCAGUGCCAGAUCUGCCUGAAGAGCUUUAAGGGCCCAGGAAUGUUGCGCAUGCACAUGAAGACGCACGACGCCGAAUCCAGCACGCCGGUGUGCACCAUCUGCAAUCGAACCUUCAAGUCCAAGGCGAUCCUGUACAGACACAGACAGACGCACCAGCAGAGAGCGUAUUGCUGCGGGGUGGCUAACUGCCGAAAGAAUUUCUCCUCGGCGGUGAACCUCAAGUGGCACGUAGAGCGCAAGCACCCGGAUGUGGUGGAGCCGCUGUUUAAGUGCGGCGAGUGCGGAUCUCUGUACGACAAUGUGGACUCACUGCAGCUGCAUGUGGAGAGUACGGACCACAGUGCAGAGGUGCAGAUCAGUGGCCAAGACGAUGCUUUCAGCGGGGCGGUAAGCAUCGUCAGCAACGGCACCACCGACAUGUCCAACAUGAUGGCCACCGGCCAGAGUGCGACUUUGGCCGGCGGCGCGGGCGAUACCCACGCCGUGGUCAUGGGCUCUUCCGGCGAGGUUUACUUCGUGACGCAGGCGUAGCCAGCGGAGUUUGCCGCAGCAGGGGCUCCUGGGAACGGAGAGUGCCUGCUCGGCAUCUAGAUGACCACUUAGAUGUAAUAUAAUAUAUAUACAUAUAUAUUUUUGUACUACCCCCGUCUAGAUAACAAUUUAGAAAUUAGCACAACUACACAAAUAUUGCAAUCCUAGAUUUCUGUCGUAGAACUUGUUUAGUAGGACCUAAGCGAUUCACUCGAAUUUUGUAAGCAUAUACGAAUCUUUAGGUAGGCAGUUCGGGACAGAUCCCCACAUCCAAAUGCUGGAUGCAUGAAUCCUGCGGGUACUGUGCCAGUUUUUGUUUUUAAUUUUAUUACCCUACUAUUAUUAUUUUGUUUUUCCGGGGAAUACAGACUGGCAUUUUAGGCUAAACGUAUUUUGGCGUUGGGUUUUCAUUGUUGGGCUAUGAAAUAAGUAAAAUUGUUUUAACUGCAACAAAAUAAAUUAACAAACCUUCUAUGAAACCACAA